UGGUGGCGGCGGCGGUGGCGGCAGUGGCGGCGGCGAGGCGGAGGCGGAGGAGGCGGACUGCGUGCGGCUGGGGCCGGCGGCGGGUGGAGGAGUGAGGGCAGCGAAAGACCUGAGAGGAAGUCGGGCCGGGGGGCCGCCGCCGCCGCCAUGCAGGAGAUCAUCGCUAGCGUGGACCACAUUAAGUUCGACUUGGAGAUCGCGGUGGAGCAGCAGCUCGGGGCGCAGCCGCUGCCCUUCCCCGGCAUGGACAAAUCCGGAGCUGCUGUCUGCGAGUUCUUCCUGAAAGCUGCCUGUGGCAAAGGGGGCAUGUGCCCAUUCCGCCACAUCAGCGGCGAGAAGACAGUUGUGUGCAAACACUGGCUGCGUGGGCUGUGCAAGAAAGGGGACCAGUGCGAGUUCCUGCACGAGUACGACAUGACCAAGAUGCCCGAGUGCUACUUCUAUUCCAAGUUCGGGGAGUGCAGCAACAAGGAGUGCCCCUUCCUGCACAUCGACCCCGAGUCCAAGAUCAAGGACUGCCCCUGGUAUGACCGCGGCUUCUGCAAGCACGGUCCCCUGUGCAGGCACCGGCACACGCGGAGAGUCAUCUGUGUGAAUUACCUCGUGGGAUUCUGCCCGGAGGGACCCUCCUGCAAAUUCAUGCACCCUCGGUUUGAACUGCCCAUGGGAACCACGGAGCAGCCCCCACUGCCGCAGCAGACACAGCCUCCAAGCAAGGCCGCUAAACAUCUGGCUGAACCAAGCGUUCAUCCUGACCUGAAGCUAGAACCUCAGAAACAAAAGUAAGGCUGACCAUGCCCUCGCCCCACUGCCCAGAGACCUCCUCUCGUCUCUUUGAUGUUUUGUUUUCCACUUUUAUUUUCCGUUUUUGUCUGUCUGCAUGGUGUUUUUCGGGCAGCGGCUCCUGCCAUCAUCACCAGCUGUUUUUCUGCCCUCUGCAGAGGGGCCAUGGCGGAAGCCCUUCUUCCUGCUGGCUGAGCGGGACUAGUCCCGCCCUCUUUUUUUCCUGACCCCAUCGGUAGUCUGCGUGCACGUGGUUUCCGCAGUAAAACCGUGUUGUGUAACUCUUUCCAGCAAAGUAACAAUCCGCCAUUACAAAGGUCGUCCUCCUUGAUCCAGUUAACGAGUCAGAACUCUUCUCCCAAUCAGCAGAGAGCCCCGCAGGUCAUCGGGGUCAUGCAGAGUCAAAGUAGCAGUGCUGGCAACCGGGGACCCCG